AUGAAAGACUUAUCCGCGUUUAACGUCACUCACUUCCCCAGCGGGAAGCAGAAUAUCGCCGUCAUCGACAGUAUCUCUGCACUCACCAUUGUACCAGGAGGAUCUCUGUAUGCACAGGAUAUAAUUGAGUCACAGAACACAAUCAAUACACCGAACGUUACGGGCUUCACCGCUGCCUUACAGCUUGUUUACCCGGCAAACUCCGUCAACCCUGCCAGCAAAUCCCCAGGUGGGGCAGAGUUUUAUGCAUCGCCAUUGAACCUGAGCGAUGCCAAGAAUGUCACAAUGGAAUACAGCGUCUAUUUUCCCGCGGAUUUCGACUGGGUGAAGGGCGGAAAGUUGCCGGGUCUGUACGGUGGCCAUACAGGCUGUUCUGGGGGCGCUGCUGCCGAAGACUGCUUUAGCACACGACUAAUGUGGAGGCAAGGCGGUGCCGGCGAACUAUAUCUAUACGCUCCAAAGCGAAAGCAAACAAAGGCGUUAUGUUCUGACCCCCAGUCAGUCUGCGAUUCCGAGUAUGGACUCUCAAUCGGAAGGGGAUCAUUCCACUACAGCAGAGGGAAUUGGACGACAUUGCGCCAGGACGUCGUGCUCAACACGCCUGGAAAGCAGGAUGGAGCGUUCGCUUUGUUCGUUGACGGGAUGCAGGCGAUCAACCGGACAGACAUAUUUUAUCGUGACGCACCUCAGCAGAAAAAGAAGUCGAAAUCAAAAACUAAGUCUUCGACAUCGCCAACAUCACAGCAAACACAAGGUGGUCUGCUGGGAAUUCUGGCAGUGACUGCCGCAGCGCAAGAAGCUGUAGCUUCUCGAUCAUACAUCAUCCAUACGGCACGAGAAGCGCCGACGAUAAUCGUCGCUGACAAGAUCUCUGUUGAUAGUACCAGUGAUGCCAGCGAAGAACCAGCGGUCGGUUUUGUUGGGCUUUUCUUUAGCACUUUCUUCGGCGGGCACGGAGACGGUUGGGCCACUCCCAAACAACAGUAUACGUGGUUCAAGGACUUCGCCAUCACGCGGAACUUUUGA